AUGUCAUUGGAUCUCUCGAAGAAACCACUGGUGGUUGGUACAAUAAGGAUGGGAUUUGGCCAUCAUCGUAUUGCUUAUUCUGCAGCUUCAUGGGGCCUUGCGUCUGGAUCGUUCACAUUUUUCCACGACCUCCUUGCGGUCGAAUCCAAGGAGGCUACUUUAAUCAAAGAAGCAGAUAAGGUCUACUCGAAGGGGUCACGACUUGCUUCAGAGCUAGGAGGUGUUAUCGAAGCACUGUGGGGAUCUAUUACCAAAAGUGGAGAUGCGUCAUCAUUGCGUUGUACAUACCAGCUAGCUGAGAAUUUGAGGCCUCUUCUGCUCGAUAUUCCAAAGGAUAUUCCAAUCAUAGCAACGCACUCCCUUGUUGGAUUAGUUGCGGUGGCUUGUGGUUUUAAGAACGUGAUCAAUCUCGUGAUCGAUAAUUACGCGCAGUGGUUCGUGAUUGUGCCUGGUGCUAUCAAUUUGGUGCAAGGUCCGACGAAUUACGCCAUGUUCCAUAAGAUGGGUGUUCCAACUUCUGAAUUGAGAUUGGCCGGGCACUGGAUCGAUUCUGAUUGCGAAAGGCGUCGGCAGAGGCUGAAGGAUGAAAAGCCACUGCGUAUCCUUUUGCCCGUUGGUGGUGCAGGAGCCCAAAGAAAGUUCGUCACCUCGUUACUAGAGGCCUUGGCCGAUGAAAUCAAAGCUGGAAGUGUUCAAGUGGUGUUGAACGCUGGAGAUCAUGCUCACAUGAGAGAUGCGUUUGAAACGUCUUUCAAGAAGAUGGGAUUAAGUUCUGAAGAUGUCACCGUCUUUGGAGAUAUUGAUGGAGUACAUAAUUUCUGCGAUGAGAUGAGAGCGGGCAAGGAACCAAGGACGGGUGUCACGAUGUUCAGCUUUAAAGACUACUUCCCGGCAGUUGCUGCCACUGAUCUCCUUUCGAGGGUUGUGGAUGUUUUAGCAUGCAAACCAUCAGAGCUUGCAUUCUAUCCUGUCCCAAAACUCAUGAUUCGCCGGGUUGGUGACCAUGAAGCGUACUCCGCUCUUCGUGCCUCGGAGCUUGGCGAUGGAACUCUUGAAGUCAGAGAAGUGAAGGAUGCUGUGGAGUGGAUUCAGUUGAUGAAAGACAACGCUGGAAUACUUGACAUGAUGAACGACAAGAUCAUUGCAAAUGGAAAGCAGGGGGUUUAUGACGGGUGCAAGGAAGCCGUAAGACUUGCUCACGAACUUGCUGGCUACAAGGGAUCGAGCGAGUAA